AACUUUGUUCCUUCAGCCAAGACAUCAUAGCGUUCGGUAGCCCCGACAGUAGAGUCAACAAGGUGCCCAAGCCAAGUCCACAGCAAAGUCGCAGCAUAAGGAAUGGGAUGGCUCGUCUCCGCCGGCUGGCGGUGCGCCGUCGUGGUGCUCUGGACGUCGGUCCUAAUGGUGUUCAUCCACAAAUGCUGGGCAACGUCGUCGCCAACGUGGGACGUCGACGACGUGACAACGACGACAGACGCACCGGUGACGUUUCUUCCGUGCCGCCUCUCCGAGCUGACGUGCGACAACGGGCGCUGCGUGUCGCUGUCCCGGUUCUGCGACGGCUCCGACGACUGCAGAGACGGCUCGGACGAGCCCAUCGGUUGCACCAAUUGCAACCGCACCCUGUUCGGCGAAGUGGGCACCAAGAACCCAAUCCGAAUCGCGGAGCCCUUCCAGAGGAACCUGCCGUUUGUCUGCACGCUAUACUUCGUCGCUGCUGGCGGAGAGUUCGGUGACAUCGUCGAGUUGACCUUCCUCAACUUCCAAAUCGGCUCACUCGAGGUGGACAGGAACCAGUCGACAACCUGCUUCAACGGCCAUCUACAAAUCAUCGAGCCUUCGACAUCGGCGCCCAUUGUGCGCACCCCGCAGACCCGAGGUUUCAGUAAAAUCUUGUCCGCCGUGCGCGGUGAACCAGCCUCGCCACACUUGACAUCUCUUUACGAUGGCUCGGACGGAGAGCCGGAAUUCGGCCACUUCUGCGGCGACAUGGCCACCAACGGUGGCUCGGGCACCGGCGGCAGCGCCACCUUCUUCUCGGACCGGAACAACGUCACAUUGGUUGUAACCGUGCCCAGCCGUGCUUCCUUGCACACGUUCAGCUUCAGCAUGUACCUCACAUUUCGCUUUCAUCCGAAGAGACCUUCCCGAACACGCUACGGCACAUCCGCGAGCCCUCACGACGUCGGCAUGGCGACAGCAGGAACGUACUGCGACCGCGUGUUCGAGCACUGCGACCGCAAGCACUGCAAGAUCCGCUCGCCUAACUUUCCGGGCUUCUACUUACGAAACUUCAGCUGCACGUUCACCAUUCGCCAGAUGGUUGCGCCACCGGGCAAGCAAGCGCAGAUUGUUUUGUAUCAGGACAACGAAUACAAGAUCUCUAUUUACACGGGCCGCAGCUCCGCGACUACAUUCUCCCAGAGGGCGCUCACUAUCGACUGUCUCGGAGACGUUGUGAAAAUCUACGACGGACCGAGCACGGACAACUCGCCUCUACUCAGCGAGUUCUGUGGCACUGGUGUGCUGCCGGAAGUGAUUUCUAGCGGACCGGAAGUGACCGUGGUGCUUCGAAGCGUGGCCGCGCAGCAAAUGCACAGCUCGCGGCUCGAGCUCGACGUGAAGGUGCGCUUCGUGGACGUGGAGGAAUACAAGCUGGGUCACGGCAGGUGCGAGUUCCACAUCGACGGCAAGGUCGAGCGCCAGGGCCUCGUGCACACGCCGGCACACACGGUGCCGCCCAACACGACCUGCCGCUACCGCUUUCACGGCAGGUCUCCGACAGAUCGCGUCUGGCUCUACUUCCUCUCGUACUUCGUCGAAGACAAGCACCGCUGGUCGAGCGAAGAGAAGUGCGACUUGUCCAGUAUCGAGCUCUUCGAUGUGCCUCUUCAAAGGCCCGCAAGCAACGCUUCUAGCGACGCCUCGAACGCCAGCAUCGCCGGCGACAUCCCGGGAAUGGCCUACCGCUUUUGCGAAAAGAACUCUCCUCGCAUAUGCGCUAGGGCGACAGAAUGCCCUCAGUUCAUACCACUGCGUCCCUGCAGGUACCCCGACGAGUCCUAUCUGUCCAGCGGAGCCGAGCUUCUACUCGAGCAGAAGUUCUACAAAACCGUCGAACUGCCUGUCCGCAGGAGCUCUUUCUCAGCGCGAUAUGAGUUUGUGGACACUGAGCAACAGGGCGCUGAUAUGGGACCACGUCAUGGGCCUUGCCACAGGCACUUUCAGAGCAGUAACUCCAAGUUCGGCAUGGUGUCUUCGUCCAAGAACGUUUUUCUGUACGGUCGUGGAGGUCGCGAGAACAUCACUUGCUCCUAUUACUACUCCGGCAUGUCCUCCGAGAAGCUGAGACUCUACCUCGUCACCUUAAACCUGCCGGCUCCGGGUUGCGAACAUUAUUUUGAUCAAGUAACGCAGAGGUACAACUGUCGCGUCACCGGUCGCCAGUCGGGUCGCAUCUCGCUUUUGCACGUCAUGGACCAUUGGGGUGACACGUACACCCCCAUUGGUUGUUUCUGCAAUAUCACCUCGCAACCCCGCAAGCCCAUACUCAUCGAGUCGGUGGGGAACAAUGUCACGCUGACUUUUACAAUAAGUGGCAUGACUUCGCUGGAGGAUUUCAACAACUACGGCUUCGAGGCGACGUACGAGUUCCGACCUGCCACUUCGUGCGAUACCAGCACAGAGCUCAGAAAUGGCUCGCAGGGUGAGCUGACGUUCACGGCUCCUGCCAGUGUGAGCGACCAGGAGCUUCCUCUGCGCUGCCGUUGGUUCAUAGAGGCAUCGCCGCGCAAGUACCUCUACCUCAAGUUCCAGGGACGCGACGGAUCCCGGGGGUGUCCUGACUCGGGAAACAGGUUCGUGGUGUACGCGGACGGCAUCAUGCAGCCCGUGGCCGUCGUCUGCUCGGGCGGUAUCCACGAGGAGACGUCGCUGUCCUCGUCCACGGACUUCGACAUCUUCUCGGCGUCGUGGUACAACGACUCGAGCGAGCGGCAGCACCACGCCCUGGCAGACCGCGUGGUCAUCGAGGCGGUCGCCUUCCGCGCCGCCCAGUUCCGGCUCCGAUGGCUCGAGGUGACGCGGCCCUUUCUGAAGACCUCGUCGGGUCUGACGCUGCGCAACGUCAACUGCCUGUACGAGUGUCCCGAGCUGAGCGCGUGCAUCUCGCCCGAGCUCUGGUGCGACGGCACCGUCCACUGUCCGUCGGGACACGACGAGAAGCCCGAGCACUGCCGACGCUUCCCGACCUUCUACGUGGCACUCGGAGCCGGCGCGGGAUUCGUCGUCAUCUGCGCCUGUCUCGCGGCCGUCCUGCUGUGGUGUCGAAGCAAGGACAAGACCAAGGAAGAACCGCGCAUGCGCCCUGCCGACGACAUGCCAUUGGAGAGCCCGGACAGCUGACCCUGGCAUUCGAUUCUGGACCCCGUGGCGGAUGGUUCAGAAUCGCAGGAGACGGCUGUGGUCUCGGCGAGCGCGACAGCGGUGCGCCCCAUCGAUGUGGUCAUGUCCAUGAUGCCCGCUCCGGGUGGCGUACCGGCGACGCUGCAGGGAACGCUGUCUUCGAGAAUUCGGCGCACUGACGUGUCUCCGCCGCCGGCUUAUAGCGCAGCCGACGCAGCGGCGGACAUCUACGUCAUCAAGACCAUGAGGUCUCCUUGCCUUUAGCGACGUUGUUCGACUGUCGCUCUCAGCUUUAUACUUGCUGUGCAAGUGAAAACUACUGCCUACAAACAUACCGAAUGAACGGUGCGUGCGUGGUGUUGUCCACAACGGACAAGGUUCGGAUGGGGCCACGCGAGAAAUCGUUGCUUCGCGAGCCACUGAAAUCAAGGUGCGUCGCCACUGAGCGUGCUCAUGAUGUUUUUGUGAUCUUCGAUGUCGUCCAGAGAGUGCUGACUCUUUGUACCUGUAACGCUCUAUACUGUGAGAUCAUACCGCUGUAGAGGAAAAAACAAAACAAAGAAACGAAUGUGUUAUCAAAUAUCAUCUGCCGAUGGCGUCUCGCAAGAGACAAAAAACAUGCUCACACUUGUGAUGUAGUGUCUUAAUAGAGCGUAUGCUGUGUGCCAGAGUUUAUAUUUCUGCGUGGAAUCGUAAGGGGGCAUACUCUGUAUAUAUGUGAAAUAUAUUCGGAGUAAUGUGUUAACCAACUACAUGCACGUGGCACUAGUUCAAUGUGUUUUAUGUGGUUCCAGCACUACGGUCUUACAUGAUGUCUCUUUCAGUGUCCGUCUACGUGUCCAUAAGAUUGCAAAGCGACUUUAUACACCCGCUAUUUUGUGCCGUUAACUGAGAUUACAAUAAUUUGGCGAACAUGUUACUCAUUUGCGUAAGAAAGCCCACAACAUCCUUUCGGCUCCAAAUGAUACGGCCUCGUGGCAAAGCGAUAUUGAAAAUGAAUGUUCGUAGAUGUCACUGUUGGUUAUGCUACUUGGGACUUCAGGUGGCGUAUUUUGCUACAGUUUCUUAUAAAAUGUCUCAUAGACUCACAUUGUAAAAUGGCAUGAUCGCUUGUUCCGCAGAGAGUCUCUGUGUUCUUCAUUGCGCGAUUGCCAAACAGCCAAACAGCAUCGCAAUGUUUUCAGGAUCUGAGGCGAUUGAUUUAUGUUAACGUCCACGUGAGGAGCUUUGAAAGCGGUUAUGUUGACACCAUGGUGAGGGAGCUGAUCAUGGAUUCUGGAGUGACGGUUUCGGCCAUAUCAAGUGUAUUGCGUGCGUGCGUGCGUGCGUGCGUGCAUGAGUGAGUGAGUGAGUGAGUGAGUGAGUGAGUGAGUGAGUGAGUGAGUGAGUGAGUGAGUGAGUGAGUGAGUCAGUGAGUGAGUGAGUGAGUGAGUGAGUGAGUGAGUGAGUGAGUGAGUGAGUGAGUGAGUGAGUGAGUGAGUGAGUGAGUGAGUGAGUGAGUGAGUGAGUGAGUGAGUGAGUGAGUGAGUGAGUGAGUGAGUGAGUGAGUGUGUGUGUGUGUGUGUGUGUGUGUGUGUUUGUGUGUAUUAAUGUUUUCUUAAAUUGUUAUGUUGCUUGCACAGAACAGCACCUCCCUCAACACAUGGACAAAACUACUGCAUCUUAUGAGAUAUUUGUUGUUUGUACCGCGUUAUCUAAGCAAGCUAAACAUAUAAACAUACAAACACAUUACAACACCCUUCGCCAAAUUUUUGGGAAUGUGAAUUUUGGCCGCUAGAUUAGGACAUCUCGUAGCAAGGGAAACAUAGCCCGAGCACAAGAUUAUGGGUUCACUUCACGGCAGCGACCAUCGAAUCGUAAUAAAACGUAAGCGUGAUCGUGUGCACAUGCUCUAAAUGAGCGGGACGCACUUGUGUCGUAUCUGUCUAAGACCACAAAAAAAUAACAGCAUAUCCACGAAGUGAAUGAUAACGAGUGGGCGAAGCUCUGGGGAUCAUUAACCGUGAAUCCCCCCGUACAUUGUCCACACGAUCAUGCAAAUACGUGACAACACGUGUGUAUAUAUACAAACUUGUUUUUUAAUCACACUGCGUAUAUGGUGUUCAGAUGUUGGCGGCGUUUUCCUUUCAUUAUGACCGCCUUAUGAUCGGUGAUAUGUAAAGCCAAAGGUUCUUGUAUGGGAUCCAACCUGAAAGUGGAGAAGACGAGGUCAAUGCCCUCUGAUCCCUCAGAUCGAGCCUGAAGGAAGUGCGGAGCUGGGCAGCCUUCUUUGUUUCUCUUCCGUUUUCUCUUUCUUUCCUCCUCUCUUUUUCUGUUUUCGUUCUUUCUCUUUAUUUAUCUUUAUUUCUAUUUUUCUUACUAUUUUUUAUUUAUUUCUGUCUAUUUCUCGCUUGCUUCCUCUUUUGCAGUUCUUAUAUGUGGUUUUGCCUGCGCCCACUCGUCAUCAUUCACUUCGUGGAUAUGCUGCGAUUCUGAAAUUUUCCUGAUUGGCAUCAUCAUCAAGGCGCUCGAAGAACAAGAGGAAGAAGAGUUCUCUAUGGCGCGAGCGGCGAGUACUAGCGCUUCUACAACGGCGCGACAGCGGACAAGCCUCGACCCUAAGGAGCUUCGCCCCUAAAAUAAUUAUCUACUUUGCUCGCGGUUUUUAUUCAAAAAAUGCGCGCUCGCCAAUUUCUCGUCAAGAUGGCUAUGACACGCUGACAAGCGCGCGCGCCUUUCAUUACCUCGAAGUGCUGUGCGUGUGUCAACAACGCAAGAAAAGGCAGUCGAGAUAAAUUAUUAUUAUUAUUGUAUGACAGAAAGACGCCCGAAAUGCGCCUCCCCCCACCCCCACCCACACUUUUUUUAGGCUUAGAAUGCCGGUUUUGGUGUUCAUUAAUUUCGCUCCAGUGGUCGAAAUUAAUCUAGGGCCUUCUCUGCCACGUCAGCGACAGUCCAAUGUUGUCUUGGGCGGUUAAAUUAAAACGAACAUCACUGACAAUGAUUGACAAAUAAAUGUUCAUUUUAUUCACAACUAAAAGCUAAAGGUGAUUUCACCUUUCAAAUGUGACACUGCGUGAUUGUCAUACGAAAUCUGACGGCAAUGUAUUUUUGUUAUCGCUGCUGAUUUGAUUCCGGGAAGCAGUGUACAUACGAGUUAGUACUAGUGUUUAAAACAACUCGGGUGAAUAUGUGAAUAUACCCAUAGAACUCCCUUGACUGUUCUAUUGUCACAUUUUUCACUGAACCAGCAUUUGACGAGAAUACCUAAUUGGCAAAUGUUCAUGCCCGAAAUUAGGUGCGGGCACUUGUUUGUCUUUUGCUCACCAUCCAUUGGGAAACUUAAGCCAUUGGUUUAGGCAGAACUAAAUGAAACAAAGGGGAAGGACACGUUUCUUUCUUUCACUUCUGUUUCCUUUAUCCUUUAUGAGAUACUUACACUUCAAUUAAAAACUACAAAUAGUAUCCUUUUGGCCUUCUGAGGUUUAUUCUGUGGGUCUUUUCAUGAGGUUAUUACAAAUUGUUCUAGACCAGAAAUUAAACCAGCCCACUGCAGGUUAUAUGGACAACUAGAGCGCUUGCAAAGGCAUUCCCGCUAUUAUGCCGUAACUAUACAUCUUUUAACUGCGCUAACUUACGACCACAAAGAGGCAUGAAACAAGGACAGGCGUAGACUCGCAACCAGCGUUGCCGUUGGUGGCUACUUUGCGCCAAAUUGGCUAACUUUCGACCCCGUUUGGCGACGAAAGUUUUUUGUUGGCUCCAUGGCUACUUUAUGGCUACCUUUAAACUUCUGAUUUGCCUUAUUAAGUAGCACUUUCUCAUCAUUCGGAUAUGAAAUACAUCAUUUUUAAGCUUUUCUGUCGUUUCACUCCACCCACCAGCACGCUGGUGCGCAUCGAGGCACCCUAACAUAACUUUUACGCGCCUGCAAAUACGGAGUGGCGAAGUUGCGUGCAUGUUGGCGCACGCGCGGAGUGCUCAUGCCGCCCGCCAUCUGUGCUGAUGCUAAGCGCAGGUUUCUGCGAGCAAUUAUGACGCGCAGUGCGUGGUCUCGUGUAAACUUGAGAAAAACAGAGAUCCGCGACAAAAUGAAGCCGGCGUGUACAUAGUUAAGCAGAUUUCACUAUCUGGAGCACAACUUCUAAUAUGUAAACUCUGCUAAUCAAAUUCCGCCGGCAGCUUCAAGGAAAAUAUUUCAACGUGUAGUGUUCCUACUAACUUGCUGGCUGGAAUAUUCUGGUGUUAGUCUGCAUCUGGCAAGAGCUCUAUCUUUCCUAUACAAACUACGCGCACGCUCAAUGAAUUUACAAUGAUUUGUUCAUUUGUAUGCAAGUGAUCCGUGGCUUGAAGACCAAGCAAUAAGGGGCAAAUUGUACUCGUCUUGCUUGUUCAAAAUGACUUUAUUUAUUGUUCAGUGCUAAAGACUCUACUGAAAAUGCCGCUUCUGUUCUAUUUGGCUGCAGAGUUCGCGAUGAUAUCAAAUGGCACGGCUACUUUGGCUACUUUUGCCUUGAGUUCUGGCUCCUUUCCAGUCCACCCAACGGCAACCCUGCUGGCAACUAACCUUUAUUUCACAAACGUAACAAGUACAUCCCAAACAUACUACACUAUUGCGCGUGCCUGGCAAAGCACAAUUAACACUUUCCUAACACAUUCCACACCAUCAACUUUCUGUUCGGCAUCUCGUAGCCUAACGAAACACUUCGAUAAAACUCAUCUCACUGUUGAGCAGAUAAACUGAGGUUUCGCUGACGCAUUCUUGUACCUUCUUCCUCUCUCUCGCUCGCCUAGUUCUUUCAUUAUUGGCCUGCACGUGCACGCCUGUCGGGGCGAGUGCUUCUUUCAUGUCUCUUUGUGGUUUUACGCUUGUGCAGCUCAAAAAGGUUUGCUCAGAUGCACCAAUUCGCCAAACAGCAAGUUAUUUUAAGCCGGGUAACCAGAAGCACGACCAUGUUUUCUUUUCUUUGCGCGCUACACUCUCAGAUGGAAAUAUCUAAUCCUCGUGGGUGAGCACAUAUUGCAGUUUUCGAGAUGAACUCAAGAAUUUUUUAAUAGCACACCUCGGUUUUCAGGCUUCUGAAGCUGCAGUGUCGUCUGAAAAACGCGUUUAAUACGGAGCGGAUGAAGAUAUCGUAAACAUAAAAGCAUUAGGCAUAGAAAAAUACCUACUGCGCUUUUAUACUCGCUGUAUUGCCACCGUUAUGUAAGUACCAAACUGCAUUAUGGCGGUUAAUUAGUUGGCAGCUUUUCAGUUUGACGUAUAUAGAUAAUGCGAAUGCGAAAAUGUCUCGCAGUAUGGAGCAUUCUGUGCAAGUGCUUAGUUUCAAUGGUGAUGAAUGCUCGAUUUUAAUUUCUUCUUUGUGCUGUCAAUGCAAUGAGUGCAGUGGUGCAAGUCGCUGAGCUGCUUGAAUGUGUUUUUCUUUCAGACAAAAGAAUAAUAAAGCACUGGAUGUUAAGCGCGUGUCUUGUGUAUUUUCAGUAUUGACGUCACCAAGAAUACGGCUGUCUAGGAUAAACAAUAAUAGCUCGAGCCUUUUUUUUUUUUUAGAUGUUACGAUGUUGUACGAACUGUGCAAUAAAAGAGU